GCGGCGCACACUCAUUCAAACUUGCGGGCUGCGGUAGGUCGUGUCACAGAGUGGCGCCACGAUCGCAGUCUUCCCCGCUACGCGAUCUCAUACACAUUUUCUUUGAAAUUUCGUGCAAUUGCAAAGAAAAAAGUGAAUACGCGCGAAACAUUCGGUGACUUAUUGGUGCCUUGUGAUUUAUGUUUUUUUUACAUAGACUCAUUUUUUAUAAUUAUUAUUAUUAUCAAGAUCAACUUCUUCGAUAUUAAUAAAGAAGGACGUGAUCGCGUUAGUGAUUCGAAGAUUUCGACGCUUCGAUUAAGAAGGAUUGCGUUUGUCAACGAAGCAAUAACAACAUUACAGAAAUCAUCACAUACGGUGCUUGAACUUAUCGACAAAUCCAUAUCAUUUUUAGACAAUUUUAACUCAAUUAUCAAGUAUUUAGAUAAAGAGUAUGUAAUUAUAUCCUCCAAGUUUUUUUUUUGAUAACGAUAAAAUAAAGUCUAUGAAAUGAGAAUAAUUAAGAAUACGACAGGAAUUUCGAGGGGCAUUAUGGCAAUGAUGACUAUGAGGGGCGGCUUGAGGAUUCUAUGGACGGUGGUGGCUGCCGGAGUCUUACUCACGAGGAGUAGCGCCGCUCCAACCUUCGGUACUACAGAUAAGGCGACGAUGUAUUUAGCACAGUACGGUUAUUUAAGUCCAUCAGUAAGGAAUCCUUCGAGUGGGCACAUUAUGGAUGAGAGCUCGUGGAGGCGAGCCAUUGCCGAAUUUCAGAGCUUCGCUGGUCUUAAUGCUACGGGUGAACUGGAUGACCAAACGAACGAAAUGAUGUCAUUGCCAAGGUGUGGAGUUAGAGAUAAAGUAGGCUUCGGAGAGAGUCGUGCCAAAAGAUACGCAUUGCAAGGGUCAAGAUGGCGUGUCAAAAAUCUGACGUACAAGAUAUCCAAGUACCCAUCAAGACUGAAUCGCGCCGAAGUCGAUGCUGAGCUUGCCAAAGCCUUCUCCGUCUGGUCUGACUACACGGAUCUUACUUUCACACAAAAGAGAUCCGGUCAAGUCCACAUAGAAAUUAGGUUUGAGAAAGGCGAGCACGGUGACGGAGAUCCUUUUGAUGGUCCAGGAGGCACCCUCGCCCACGCUUAUUUCCCGGUGUAUGGAGGUGAUGCCCAUUUUGAUGACGCUGAGAUGUGGUCCAUCAAUUCCCGUAGAGGAACUAAUCUUUUCCAGGUAGCAGCACAUGAGUUUGGUCACUCGCUGGGUCUCUCACACAGCGAUGUAAGAUCCGCAUUGAUGGCGCCGUUUUAUCGCGGUUACGAUCCUGCUUUCCAACUCGAUCAGGACGACGUCCAAGGAAUUCAGUCGCUUUAUGGCCACAAGACCCAGACAGACAUUGGUGGCGGUGGCGGCGGACUGAUACCUUCCGUUCCUCGAGCGACCACGCAGCAGCCGUCAGCUGAGGAUCCGGCUCUCUGCGCUGAUCCUCGUAUUGAUACUAUCUUUAAUUCUGCCGACGGUUCGACUUUUGUAUUCAAAGGCGACCAUUACUGGAGGCUAACUGAAGAUGGCGUAGCGGCUGGGUACCCGCGUCUUAUUUCCCGAGCCUGGCCUGGUCUCCCCGGAAACAUUGAUGCAGCAUUUACCUACAAGAACGGCAAGACUUACUUCUUUAAGGGCUCGAAGUACUGGAGGUACAAUGGGCAGAAGAUGGACGGGGAUUACCCCAAGGAUAUUAGUGAAGGCUUCACCGGUAUCCCAGAUAACCUAGAUGCGGCUUUGGUUUGGUCCGGCAACGGCAAGAUCUAUUUCUACAAGGGCUCGAAAUUCUGGCGAUUUGACCCUGCACAACGGCCCCCCGUGAAAGCUACCUACCCGAAGCCUUUGUCUAACUGGGAUGGAAUACCUGAUAACAUCGAUGCAGCGUUGCAGUACACUAACGGAUACACCUACUUUUUCAAGGGGGGAUCAUAUUGGAGAUUCAACGACAGAUUGUUCAGUGUGGACACAGACAACCCUCAGUUCCCGCGUUCAACCGCGUUCUGGUGGUUGGGCUGCAGCAGCGCGCCGCGCGGCACCGUCGGAGGUAACGCUCGACUAUCAGACGACACUGUUCCUGCCGAUGACGACGUCGGGGACAUUACCUUCGACGCAGAUGACGGCACGCCUAGUUUGGAGAACGACGGUGUAAUCGCGCGGCCAACACUAACCAGCGUGCUGGUCGUGGUCGUGACCACGCUGAGGCACGUGUUGCGUACGUAGCGCACGUGCCUUGUGUAGUGCGAGUAAAGCGCACAUCGCGGGGGCCACGUGUAGCCUACGUUGCUGCAAUCAUCCACCGCGUGACCUCAAGGACGAUGUCACCGACUGUGAACGUGUACUGAGUGCCUGUUUGCGUUGUUCGAUAUUCCUCGUAUAUCGAGCGUCUCGCUAUGAUGAAUAAUGUACUUUUUUACUCUGUGAGAACAAUGUAAUUUAAUGAAGUCAUAGUUUUUAUACUUAAAUAUAAAUAGAUGAUGUAAGUUCGAGUGUGAUAUUGACGUAAGCGAUGAUUUUUGUAAUAAAAAAUAACAGACA